CUCGUUACAGGAGGACACCGAGGCCCCUGUGACCAUUCCCUAAAAUACUUCAGCUCAAAAAUCACAGAGCAAAAGCUGCAGGGCACGUGGCUGCCUGCUGGCCGGGGGAAUCUGGAGAAACCAUUCGUAGGCCCGCGUGGCUCCGUCCUGCCCAUGUUCAGCCCUCAGAAUGGCCUUCAUUUGGGUCCCGUUGAGCACAGCCCGCUGAAGCCCCGGGUGGUGACCGUGGUGAAGCUGGGCGCGCAGCCUCUCCGGAAGGUCUCUCUGCUCCUCAAUCGGCGGUCGGUGCAGACGUUUGAGCAGCUCUUAGCCGACAUCUCAGAAGCCCUGGGUUUCCCAAGAUGGAAGCAUGAUCGCGUGAGGAAACUGUUUAACCUGAAGGGCAGGGAAAUCAGGAGUGUCUCAGAUUUUUUCCGGGAAGGAGAUGCUUUCAUAGCCAUGGGCAAAGAGCCACUGACGUUGAAGAGUAUUCAGCUGGCCAUCGAGGAACUGUAUCCUAACAAAAACCGGGCCCUGACGUUGGCCCAGCACAGCCGACUGCCUUCCCCAAGGCUGAGAAGCAGACUUCAUAGCAAGCUACUGAGAGGAGGCCAUCACUGCGGGGAGCCUGAGAGUGGUGGGGAGGCGGCUGGGGGCAAGGUGACCACCAGGCUCCCAGGGAAGGCUUCUGGGGAGCCAGUGCCGGAGGACAAAGCCAGGGCCCAGAAGCGAUGGGUGAGGGGGAAGCCGGACCUGGAAGCUGGAGGCAAGCCACCUAGGGAAACCCUUCUGGAGGAGAGGCAUGCCAGUGGAGAGAAGCACGUAGGGGUGGAGAUUGAAAAGACCUCUGGGGAGAUCAUCAGGUGUGAGAAGUGCCAGAGAGAGCGGGAGCUGCAGAAGGGCCUGCAGCGGGAGAGGCGCUCGCUGGGCACCAGCGAGCUGGACCUGGGAAAGGGCCAUAAGUAUGACUUGGAUAAACUGGUUAGGACCAGAAGCUGCAGGAGGUCUCUGGAGACAAACUCCAUCGACGGGGAGGACGGGCGGAAGGGUGACAGUCAUGGAAGCAGUGCCAAGAAUCCCACCCAAGAGCUUCGGGGAGCCAGCAAGCACACGGACAAGAAAGAGGACAGAGAUCCAGAAGGACAGGAAAGCCAGGGAGCAGCCAAAGCCAAGAAGGACCUCGUGGAAGUUCCACCAGUCACAGAGGAAGGGGCAAGGGACCCGAAGAAAGACACAGGGCACUCUUGUAGGAACAAGCAAGACGUCUGGCUCCUAAGAGAGCAGCAGGCUAAGCCCCCCGAGCAGCUCUCCAGGACCCAAGGGGAAGAAAAGGAGGCAGAGAAGGAAAAGAAGCCAGGCAUAUCAGGAGGGAAAAAGAUGGUUCUCAGAGACAACCCAGCUGCCAAGGUAGAGAAGGAGCCCAAGACAAGACCAGAAGACAACAAGCCAGAGCGGCCCAAUGGCCGGAAGCUAAGGCCUAUGGGUAUCAUUGCAGCCAAUGUGGAGAAGUAUUAUGACACUGGCCGGGUCAUCGGGGAUGGGAACUUCGCCAUUGUGAAAGAGUGCAGACACCGGGAGACCAGGCAGGCUCACGCCAUGAAGAUCAUUGACAAGGCCAAGCUCAAGGGCAAGGAGGACAUAGUGGACAGCGAGAUCUUAAUCAUGCAGAGCCUCUCUCACCCCAACAUAGUGAAAUUGCACGAGGUGUAUGAGACGCAAACGGAAAUCUACCUGAUCAUGGAGUACGUGCAGGGAGGGGACCUUUUCGAUGCCAUCAUAGAGAGUGUGAAGUUCCCAGAGCCCGAGGCCGCCCUCAUGUUCAAGGACUUGUGCAAGGCCCUCGUCCACAUGCACGACAAGAACAUUGUCCACCGGGACCUGAAGCCAGAGAAUCUCUUGAAAGAGCUCCGUGACACCAACGACUGUUCUAUUCGGACAAUUCCCUGA